GGCGUACUAUAGAGAAAAUUCACUAGAAGCUCGAUAUCUCCGCAGAAACAAGCCAGGGGCCCGAACGUUUUUUACCAUAGACAUAGCUCACUAUGGGCUACAAAAUGCGCAAAACCCCGACUGAAAAGCGCUCUGGCACUUGGGAAGGUUCCCUGGUUAGUAAUGAUAUUCAUUGUGGAUAUUGAAUAUUUUUAACAUAGUAAUGCAUUUAUAAACAGCUGAUAUUGAACCAAUAGAAAAAUUAGUUUAUUGUAGAUUUAUGACAGAGGUAAAUUCAUUAUAUUGGUUGAUUGAUAUAAAUAUUAUUUUUGUUCUAUUCGACAUAUUUUGAUCUUAAUAUUCAAAUAUUUAUAAAUUAUUUUCGAAAUCUUUUUUUUUUCAUUAUUUAAUUAAUUAAAAUGGGAGUUUUGUCCAAUCCGUUUAUCGACCAUUAUCAAGUAAAUUUUGCUUAUUCUUUUAAUAAGUAAUCUUAUUUUAUACGUUUGUUUAGUAACUUUCAUUGAAUAUCAAGAAGGAGAUAAAAUUGGUUUUGUUUUGGCAUGA